AUGUCUAUCGUUAUUGACAAGAUCCUUGCUGCUUCCCCCACCACUAAUCGUGGUCGUCCUACACAACUCAGUUGUGACCCAAAGGGGGAACGUAUUGCUUAUGCCUCUGGCAAGUCCGUCUUCGUUCGUAAUAUCGAUGAUCCUUCACUAAAUAAACAAUACGCAUCUCACACAACCCAAACUACCGUUGCACGAUUCUCUCCUUCCGGUUACUAUAUUGCUAGUGGUGAUGUCUCUGGAACUGUCAAAGUCUGGGACUCUAUAGAAGGAGUCAAUACCAAAGGAGAUUACCAUAUCAUAAACGGCAGAAUCAAUGAUAUUGCAUGGGAUGGAGAUUCUCAACGUAUAAUUGCAGUGGGAGAUGGUCGAGAACGCUACGGAGCUUGCAUAACUGCAGAUAGUGGGAAUACCGUGGGUGAAAUCGUUGGCCACACGGCAGUCAUCAAUUCUGUUGCAAUUCGCCAGCAACGACCAUUGAGAGCUGCUACUGGUUCGGAUGACAGUAGCAUGGUGUUCCUCCACGGAGCCCCUUUCAAAUUCAAUGCUAAAUUGGGAGAGCUUCACAAAGGCUAUAUUUAUGGGGUAGGAUUCUCGCCGGACGGAAACCACCUAGUGAGUGUGGGUGCGGAUCGCAAAAUUCAAUUAUAUGACGGAAAGACUGGUGAUACCACGGCACACUUUGGAGAGAAAGAACACACAGGAAGUAUAUUCAGCGUCUCGUGGGCGAAAGACUCGAAGAGAUUAGUCACGGCCAGCGCUGACCAGACAGUUAAAUUAUGGGACGUUGAAGCUGGUAAGGUUGUUCAAACUUGGAGAUUCGGUGAAGAAGGACAUGUCAGCAUUCCUGAUCACCAGGUUGGUGUCGUAUGGCCUUCUCGUAGUGACGGAAUGAUCAUCAGUUUGAAUCUAGCUGGAGAUUUGAACUAUCUGGCCGAAGGAAUGGAUAGAUCAACCAGGAUUGUUCAGGGGCAUGGUAAAGCCAUUACUGCCAUUGGCUCAAGCCACACGGAGAAAGGUCAAACAUUGUGGACAGGGAGUUUCGAUGGUCGGGUCUGCUCUUGGGAUGUUGGUACUGGUAUCGGCUCUGCCACCGAAGGCUCUUCGCAUACCAAUCAAGUAUCAAGCUGGGCGAGCGCUGGAGAUAAAUCCUAUAGUGUUGCCUGGGAUGAUACUUUACGAACUAUCGAUAUUCCUGGGAACCAUUUCGUUGGUGGGGCAGCCAAGUUGAAUGGACAACCCAAGGGAGUAGCAGCCGUGGGCAAUAAAUUAUACGUUGCUACCACAAACGGUAUCGACAUUUUCUCCAAAGAUAGCCUUGUGGAUACAGUGAUAACAAAGGACUUCACACCGACAUCUGUAUCAGCGAACGAAAACAGUGUAGCAGUGGGAGACGAGAGCAACGUUGUGCAUAUCUACACGGUUGAUGGAAACAGUCUGUCCCCCAAAACAGAACUCACAAAUUCGCUAGCCCAGAUCUCCGCAUUAGAAUUCUCACCUAGUGGGGAUCUUCUCGCAGCAGGAAACUCGUCGGGAAAGAUCUAUGUUUAUGAUACAACUAGUUGGGAAAUUAAGACGGAUAGGUGGAGUGGCCAUGCGGCAAGAGUUACCAGCAUUGAUUGGAAUCAGGCCGGAACCCAGGCUGUCAGUGGCAGUCUCGAUACUAAUAUCUUCGUUUGGAGUCUCGCCUCACCCGGAAAGAGGGUCAAGGCUCCUAACGCGCAUAAAGAUGGCGUUACUGGUGUUCGUUGGAUUGAUGGCGGGAAGAAGGUUGCUUCGGUGGGUGGAGAUGCUUCUUUGAAGGUUUGGGAUGUUGCGGGGUUAACUUAA